AUUUCACUGACUGUUUGUCAAUUGUCGUGUGUCAUUCAUUCUGUGUUGGGAAAUUACUGAAGUGAGUAAAAGCAGUGAUUUCAUAAAUAUUACUCAUAAUAAAUAAUAAAAAGUGAUUUAGAAACAAUUUCUGAAGGACGAAGUGCCAUAAGAAAAAUAUUCGAUCGAUAUAUUUUUGCAGAGAAAGUCCCCCAAGUCAAACCCACCCCCAUUAAAAUAGCUAUUAUAGCAAAAGUACAACAGUUUUAAGCUUCGACAUGUCUUAUCGAAUGAAAGCAACAAAAUGCCCCACAGACGAAUUAUCGUUAACUAAUAGAGCCAUCGUGAAUGUCAGUGAUUUUCCGGAUGAAAUCAAGUAUUGCGACAUUUCACCUGGCCCAAGUCAGCACUACAUUUUCGCACUUGAAAAGACAACCGAAGUGCCACGGGGUCAUGUGGGAUUUUCAUUGGUACAACGAAAAUGGGCUACACUCUCCAUUAACCAGGAUAUUGAUGUGAGACCGUAUCGUUUCGACGCCAAUUCUGAUGUAAUUACUUUGGUUUCAUUUGAAACUGAUUUCUUGCAAAAGAAAACCACCUCACAGGAACCGUAUGACACCGAUCAAAUGGCAAAAGAAUUUCUGAUGCAAUUCGCUGGAAUGGCUUUAACUGUUGGCCAAACUUUAGUUUUUAGUUUUCAAGAUAAAAAAUUACUUGGUUUGGCUGUGAAGAUAUUAGAAGCUGUUGAUCCAAAGUCAUUGGGUGAGGGAAAAGAAGCUGCUACGAAAAAUGUACGUUUUGGACGCAUACUUGGCAACACAAUUGUGCAAUUUGAGAAAGCAGAGAAUUCUUCAUUAAAUUUGCAAGGCAAAUCCAAGGGUAAAAUCGUGCGCCAAUCAAUCAUAAAUCCAGAUUGGGACUUUGGCAAAAUGGGAAUUGGUGGCUUGGAUAAAGAGUUCAAUGCUAUAUUUAGACGAGCAUUUGCUUCACGUGUUUUUCCACCUGAACUUGUUGAACAAUUAGGUUGUAAACACGUUAAAGGCAUACUGCUCUAUGGUCCUCCUGGUACUGGUAAAACGCUUAUGGCACGACAGAUUGGUAAUAUGUUGAAUGCACGUGAACCAAAAAUUGUUAAUGGUCCACAAAUAUUGGAUAAAUAUGUUGGUGAGUCUGAGGCAAAUAUCAGACGACUCUUUGCAGAAGCUGAAGAGGAAGAAAAGAGGCUUGGCCCAAAUAGUGGUCUUCACAUUAUUAUAUUUGAUGAAAUUGAUGCUAUUUGUAAAGCACGUGGUUCUGUUGCUGGCAACAGUGGAGUGCAUGAUACCGUUGUCAAUCAAUUGCUGGCUAAGAUUGAUGGUGUGGAACAACUCAAUAAUAUACUAGUCAUUGGUAUGACCAAUCGUCGUGAUAUGAUUGAUGAGGCUCUUUUACGUCCAGGUCGUUUGGAAGUUCAAAUGGAGAUAAGCUUACCAAAUGAACAGGGACGUGUACAAAUUUUGAAUAUACAUACCAAACGUAUGCGAGAAUUUAAUAAGAUUGCUGGGGAUGUUGAUAGUAAAGAAAUUGCUACACUUACCAAAAAUUUUAGUGGUGCUGAAAUAGAAGGUUUAGUACGUGCAGCACAAUCUACAGCUAUGAAUCGUUUGAUUAAGGCUGACGCUAAAGUAACUGUAGAUCCAGAGGCUAUGGAAAAAUUAAAAGUUACACGUUCAGACUUUUUACACGCUUUGGAGAAUGAUAUUAAACCUGCAUUUGGUACGGCAUUAGAAAUAUUGGAGAAUAUGUUGUCACGUGGUAUUAUUAAUUGGGGUCAACCAGUUACUAAUAUUUUGGAAGAUGGCAUGUUGUAUGUACAACAAGCUAAAGCAACUGAAAGUUCUGGCUUGGUUUCAGUACUUAUUGAAGGUUCUCCAAAUUCAGGCAAGUCAGCGUUAGCAGCUAAAUUAGCUAAAAUGUCCGACUUUCCAUUUGUCAAAGUUUGUUCACCAGAAGAUAUGGUGGGCUUUACUGAAUCAGCAAAAUGUUUGCACAUACGUAAGAUUUUCGACGAUGCUUACCGUUCUAUGCUCAGCUGUAUUGUGGUUGAUAAUGUUGAACGUUUAUUGGAUUACGGUCCUAUUGGACCACGUUAUUCUAAUUUAACUCUACAAGCUUUAUUAGUUUUAUUAAAGAAACAGCCACCAAAGGGUCGUAAAUUACUUAUUUUAUGCACAUCAAGUAGACGUGAAGUCUUGGAAGAAAUGGAAAUGUUAACUGCAUUCACAUCUGUGUUGCAUGUACCCAAUCUUUCACAUCCUGAUCAUGUUUUAGCAGUAUUAGAAGAUUCAGAUCUCUUUAGCAAGGGCGAAUUACAGGCUAUUGGUAAGAAAAUGUCCGGUAAAAGAGUGUUUAUUGGUAUUAAAAAGUUACUUGCACUUAUUGAUAUGGUACGACAAACUGAACCACAGCACCGCGCCAUUAAAUUCCUUUCAAAAAUGGAAGAGGAGGGCGGCUUAGAUAUGGUUCGACAGCAGUAACCAUUCAGAACUGAAUUAAACAUGGCAGUUGUUGAUGUAAACGACGUAUUUUAACUUGUAAGUGCAAAAUAUUUAAUCUCUUAUAUGAUUACCAACAAACACAUACAUAUAUAUAUGCUUUUAAAAAAGAAAAGUACUUAUAACAAAAUAUUUAAUGGCAAGUAUAGAGUACACGUAGAAAUACCUGAUUAUACUUAAGAAUUAAUUAUGCACCACAUAAGAUAAUAGGGCAUAAUUGCAAUAAUUAAAGAUAAAUGCUUUCCAAUUUUCAAUAUAAAUUAUAUUAACG